AUGUCGUCGAGCUACACGUGCCUGUUCCGCGUCUUAUUUCUGAUUAUAUUCCUGAAGUUGCUCUUUCUUUUGGUGCUUUAUUGGCACAGCUACGACGGCGUUUCUCGUAUUCACAGGCGUCCGCAAGUGAAUAUCUUUGAUGAGUUGCUGGUAGAUCGACGGAAAGUGCCCUCUCUGAAGCAGCGUUUGGAGUGGAUUCGUGAGGAGAUGCCCUCGUUUCCGCUGGAAGAACUCCUGGCUAGGGAGAAUAUGCGUUUACCUUCAGUGGACUGUGGACCUGCGCCCGAUAUGAUGAACAUUGAUUUCCACAACACCUAUUGGCAAAAGGCUACUAAUGGGAACCUCACAUAUUACCUAUUUGCAGCCUAUUACGAUGAAAGGGAAACGGUGCCCGAGGCACCUUUAGUUCGUCUUUUAGCUAUGAUAAAUCAGCACGAGGACGAUUCUUUUCAGUAUCCCGAAAUCUUCUGCCAAUUUUGGUUCGAUGGCAGAGCUAAGCCAGUGAUUAUUCCCGUUUCGGAGCACAAGGUAAUGUGGCCAUUUGGUCAUUCGCCUCGACGUUAUUACCCAACAUUUUUGAGCUGUCCUCUGACGGAGGGUCGUCAUAAAUGGGGGGUGCCAAAGAUGGUUUCCUUGGUGGCCAAAAAAUGCGAUAUGGCUAGGAACCUCCUAAGAGUCGUUUACGAAACGGACGAGUCAGCAAAGGCAGUACCAAAAAAGACUACUUCCUCCUUAUCCACUAGUCCCAAAUUUGUGGUAUGUGUGAAGGCCAUGGAUUUUCCGUAUGAAGAUAAGUCUUGGCGUUUGAUCGAGUGGUUGGAACUGAUGCGUUUGUUGGGCGCCCACAAAGUGGUGCUCUAUGAUGCCCAGAUGCACCAAAAUAUGACUAGGGUGGUCAAGGACUAUUUGGUCACGAGUCCUGGCUUUGUGGAGCUGCGUCCAAUGUCCUUGGGCAGGGGAGAACCGCAUGCUCGGCCUCAUUUCCAUCACUAUGCGAUGAUGGCAGAUAGUUUCAAUCGUAUUCUGAACGAGAUAAUACCCUACAACGAUUGUUUCUACCGCAAUAUGUACAAGUAUGACUACGUGGGUGUGUUUGAUAUUGACGAGGUGAUAAUGCCCCUCGGAAAUCGCACCACUUGGCCGGAGCUAGUGAAGCUGGCCCGAGUUGUCCCUGACUAUGAGAGUCGCACUCCUCCGAAUUGUACUGAAUGGGUGAGCUUCUGUUUCCGCAAUGUUUACUACCCAAGGUAUCCGGAACGUCCGAAGGUCUACAGGAAUCUGUCGAGCUCUUUUUAUAUGCUGCAGCACGUGGAGCGAGUGCGGCAGCAUUGCAAUCGAGAGGACGCAGCAAAGUGUCUGCAUGACACGCGUUUUGCCAUUGGAUUACACAACCACUUCACCCUCUUCCACACCGAGCAAUCUGCAUGUGCCGCUAAAUCUGUGCCUAUCGAAUUUGCCCAAAUGCAGCACUACCGGGAACCCGACUUAGAGUCCCAGCUGUUGGAUCCCAUUGUGGAUGCCAGUAUCUGGCGAUUUCAGCCCCAUCUGCAGGCAAGAGUUGAGGACCGAUUUCGUAGAUUAGGAUUCCUGCCCAGUGAUCAGCAGUUGGCAGAGACUCUAGAACAGCGUCGAAGGCGGGAUGAACUGCAAUUGAAGAAUGCAGUGGUGAAAGCCUAA